AUGCUUAAUAAAAUAUGAAUAGUUCUAUUCGAAACAAUACUGUAUUGUUGUUUUAAUUCACUAUACUUAUGCAAUAAUAUUACUCAGAUACGAAAGAUUACAUGAAAGUGAAAAAAUCGAUUAUGCACUUAAAUUUGAUUAUUGGAAGUCUCUUUAUUUUGCGUGCAAGUUGCACCAUUAGUAAAAACGAUAACGAAGCGUCUAGAAGCGGAGGAACCAAUAAGGAUUCUUUUUACAAAACGAACAAAUUGCCAUUUCUAGACUUCAAGAACGAUCAUCUUAAUAUAUUUAAACCUUAUUUUAAUUUAUACAGUAAAAUAUACAGGCCAUUCCAAGAAUUCGACAGUAACAAAAAAUACCGAAUCUCAAAAGAUCUAGAAGAUAAUUUAAGUGACGAUAGAAUAAUUGGAAAACAUAAGCGUAAAUGGCCUAAAUAUCUAAUUGGUCGUAGUAAAAAACGUGUUAAGGAAGAGAAAAACAAGAAAAAAUUUAAAAUUGAAGAGACACGAGAAUUUUAUAUCAUCGGAAAUUCCAAGAAUAAAAGAGUGACAAAAGAAAUAAUAAUUCCGAAUCGUGGAAUAAUCUUUCAAAAAACAGUCGAGCCUUCGUAUAGAAGAAAGACUUACAUCAUCAUCACUGGUCUUAUUGGGGGAGUAGCAUUGAUUUUGCUCAUUAGCUGCAUAGUAUUUAUUUUAAAUGAAGUAGGAAUGAAUCCAGUGUAUAUAAAAAAUAAAAUGUCUACUCCAGCUGAUUAUAAUAUCGUCAAUAUUUCCUCGUCUGAUUACGAGCUUGAUGAACAUCCUAAAGAAACAAUGGAUAAAUCUCAAUAUGUCGAAGUACCGUUGGAAUCUGAAUUAACGGUUAGACACAAUACGGAUAUUGAGUUCGUGCCAAAAGUCAGCGUAUUACCAGAAAAUAUCAGAACACCUGAAAAUGAAGAACAGCGGAAUCAAAUUAGUUCAAUGGAGAUCGUUCCUCCACAGUUAGUAAAGGAAAAACACGAAGAAUUAAUGCUGAAUAAGCGAGAUGAUGAGAUUGUUGUUUCCAUCCCUGAAAAAAGAAUAAAUGAGGAAAUAUAUUAUUAUUCUGAAGAAACUUCUACUCCCGAUCCCUUAAAAGAGUUAUUAGCUGAGGAAGUUAUAUCAGGCGUUCCUCUUGAAAUAUCUGAGCCACACGAUGAAGAAAUGAGUAGAACAGAAGAGCUUUCCGUUCACAACCAUGAUUACAAAGAACAGUUAUUUCUUAAUUUUAGAAAUGAAAUUGCUAACAGGAUUGAUAAAGAUGUAAAAUGUCGGAAACGCGAACAGAAUGAGAAGAAAUAUAUAUUUGAAGUUAGGACUAAACGUAUAAGCAAAAAACAUAAACCAAAAUUAAGAAAUAAGGAACCAAAACUAAAUUAUGAAUAUUCCGAAACAGACACUUCUGUUCGAAGUUGUUCUCUUUCUGAUUUAUUACCAUCCUUUGUGACACCGAAACCGGAAAGUGAUCUCAAAUUAAACAAAAGGCUAGAAACGGUUCCGAAAAAAGAGACUAGAGUCAUUGAAGGUUUUAUUUUAAAUGAAGCCAAAAGAGAUAAAAACAUCUAUGCUCACGAAAACAAAAUGAUUCACGAAACAAACAAGCAAAGUCGAUACGUCCAAACAAUUCCGGAACAAUUAAGCAUUCGGAGUAAAGAAUGGAUGAGAUCGCAUCCUCCAAGAGGCUACCAAGAGGAAGAUUUUAAAUCCGUGUUUUCAAAUAGACGGAAUAUUGUACACGAAUCGUUAAAUCUGUCGAGAAUUCGUGAGUGUCCACAGCCACAAUCUAAAACUAAUGCCAAAGAUGAGCGAGCUUUUCCAAAUAGAUAUUAUGAGAAAUGUAGGCGUAAACCAUUUAUUUCAACAGAUCCGCCAUUUCUGAAAGUUGGCAGUGAUAAAUAUGUUCAUAUUGCUAGACAAAGAAGAGAACAAAAAUCAGAAAAAAAUAUCCGAUUUUCUACCAUGUCAAACGAUAAACGUAAAGUUAGGAAAUAAAUCAUUAUCAAUUAUUACGUGAUUUGAUAAUUUGAAAUACCGUAUAUAAUUUUCAAAAAUUUCUGUAAAAUAAAUAAGUCGUAGUAAAGAUUUACUUUU